AUGCCUAGGAUCGCAAAGACAGCACGUCGGGAGAUCUCAUCGAUUGAUCGUGAACGAAUCAUUGGUAGGCACUUAGGCGGUCAAUCAAACAAAGCAAUUGCUAAAGAUGUUGGCAGAAGUGUAAGCACAAUUGGUCGGCUUAUCAAGAAAUGGCAAGAAACAGGCAAAACUGACAACCAAAAAGGCAGGGGAAGAAAGGCCAAGUAUAGUCAAGAACAGCAAGAAAACCUACUCGAGGUUUGCUUCAAUAAUCCUCGUUAUACCUAUUAUCAAUUAUCUUAUUUCAUGCACAAUACCAGUCAAUACCCAAAAGUUUGCAACAGUACAAUUAAGCGAUAUUUGAGAGUAUUUAGAGUACAACGUUUUAUAGCACUUACUACACCAGUGCUUCUUCCUCGUCACCUACCGUUACGCCUAGAGUGGGCUAAUGGGUUUAAUAUUGCACAACUAGGCUUAUUGGUGUUUUCUGAUGAAGCAGGAUUUAUGAUCGAUGAUUGUGGGGGCGGUAGAAGGAAAUAG